GUUUUGGGGGGCUUUGGGGUGGUCCCCGGUGCGCGGCCGCCGGGCGCUGCGUGUGGAGCCGGCAGUUCAAGAGGACGGGUGAGACGCGGCGCAUCCUGAGCGUGCAGCCCACCUACGACUGGACGUGCUUCAGCCACUCGCUGCUCAACGUGUCGCCCAUGCCCGUGGAGUCGGCGCCGCCGCUGCCGUGCCCCGCGCCGUGCCACCUGCACCGCACCUGCGCCGCCUGCCUGGCAUCGCCGGGCGCCGACGGCGGCUGGCAGCACUGCCUCUGGAGCCUGGCGCUCGGCGAGUGCCUCAGCCCCAGCUUCGCCCCCCUGCGCUGCCUGGCCGGGGGCUGCGGGCCGCCUCCUCCGCGGUGGGGGAGGGGUCGGCGCCUCCGGCACCCCCCCCGCAGGUGGGGGAGGGGUCCCGGGGGUCUCCCCCGCAGGUGGGGGAGGGGUCUCGGAGCGCUGCCCCCCCCCCCGACUGCGCGGGGGCCUCCCAGUGCUCCCAGUGCCUGCGGCGGCCCCGCUGUGGUUGGUGCGCCCGGGGGGGGGCACAACGGGGGCGGGCGCUGCCUCGAGGGGGGGCUCAGCGGACCCCGGCACGGUGUGACCCAGGCCUGCGGCGCCGGGGGGGUCUGGGCCUUCCUGAGCUGCCCCCCCGAGGACGAGUGCGAGAACGGGCACCACACCUGCGGCCCCAGCCAGGUGUGCCAGGACCUGCCCGAGGGCUUCACCUGCACCUGCCGGCCCGGCUACGCAGCCGACAGCCGCACAGGUGAGUGCCGCCCCGUGUGCCGCCAGGGCUGCGCCAACGGCACCUGCCUGGAGCCCGACAGGUGCCGCUGCCACUUCGGCUUCGUGGGCGCCGACUGCGCCGUGCCCUGCGCCUGCAACGGCCACAGCGACUGCGCCGGGCCGGCCGCCAGGGACACCUGCCUCAGGUGCAUGAACAACACCCAGGGCCCGCAGUGCCAGCGCUGCCGCCCGCUGUUCGUGGGCUCGGCGCUGGGGGGGGGCACCUGCCUCACCUGCCGCUCCUUCUGCCGCCACCGCGCCGACGUCUGCGUCAGCCGCGCCGAGCUGGAGCGGCACCGCGGCGACCCCCGCAGGUACCCCCUGGAGCCGCACCUGAUCCCCACGUGGGUGGCCGAGGGCCCGAGCGAGGCGCAGGCCGUGUGCGUGGGCUGCCAGAACAACAGCGUGGGCGACCGCUGCGACACCUGCCGGCCCGGCUACUUCAUGCUGGAUGGCACCUGCACCAGGUGCCAGUGCAACGGCCACGCCGACACCUGCAACGAGCUGGACGGCACCGGCUGCCCGUGCCAGAACAACACCGAGAGCAGCCCCUGCCCCGAGCGCCGCGACUGCUACCGGCACCAGUGCUCCAAGUGCCGCGACUCCUUCCAGGGCCACCCGGUGGGUGGCCAGCAGUGCUACCGGCUACUGGCCGUGGAGCAGGAGUACUGCCUGGACCCGGCGUCGCAGAGCCACUGCUUCCCCCCGCCGCAGCGGCGGCCGCUGCCGCCCGGCCGCUCGGUGCCCUUCGCCGUGCAGCCCAAGUUCACCAACGUGGACAUCCGGGUGACGCUGGACGUCACCUUCGGCGUCGUGGACCUGUUCGUGGCCACCUCGUACGACACCUUCGCCGUGGACGUGGAGCCGGCCACGGGCUGGCACCGCGUCAGGGUGCAGGCGCCCGGCGGCGCCUUUGCGGCUGGGGGGGCUGCGGCUGGGAGCUUCGGCGCUGGUGGGACUGGUGGGGCUGGAACUGGGAGCUUCGGGGCUGGUGGGACUGGUGGGGCUGGAACUGGGAGCUUCGGGGCUAGUGGCACUGGAACUGGGAGCUUCGGCGCUGGUGGCACUGGAACUGGGAGCUUCGGGGCUGGUUCUGGGAGCUUCAGGACUGGUGGGACUGGUGGGGCUGGAACUGGGAGCUUCGGCACUGGUGGGACUGGUGGGGCUGGAACUGGGAGCUUCGGCACUGGUGGGACUGGUGGGGCUGGAACUGGGAGCUUCAGGGCUGGUGGGACUGGUGGGGCUGGAACUGGGAGCUUCGGGGCUAGUGGCACUGGAACUGGGAGCUUCGGGGCUGGUUCUGGGAGCUUCAGGACUGGUGGGACUGGUGGCACUGGAACUGGGACCUUCGGCACUGGUGGGACUGGUGGGGCUGGAACUGGGAGCUUCGGCACUGGUGGGACUGGAACUGGGAGCUUCGGCGCUGGUGGGACUGGUGGCACUGGAACUGGGAGCUUCGGGGCUAGUGGCACUGGAACUGGGAGCUUCGGCGCUGGUGGGACUGGUGGGACUGGUUCUGGGACCUUCGGCACUGGUGGGACUGGUGGGGCUGGAACUGGGAGCUUCGGCACUGGUGGGACUGGAACUGGGAGCUUCGGCGCUGGUGGGACUGGUGGGACUGGUUCUGGGACCUUCGGCACUGGUGGGACUGGUGGGGCUGGAACUGGGAGCUUCGGCACUGGUGGGACUGGUUCUGGGACCUUCGGGACUGGUGGGACUGGUUCUGGGACCUUCGGCACUGGUGGGACUGGUUCUGGGACCUUCGGGACUGGUUCUGGGACCUUCGGCACUGGUGGCACUGGUACUGGGACCUUCGGGACUGGAACUGGGACCUUCGGGACUGGUAGGACUGGUUCUGGGACCUUUGGCACUGGUGGGACUGGUUCUGGGACCUUCGGGACUGGUUCUGGGACCUUCAGCACUGGUGGCACUGGAACUGGGACCUUCGGCACUGGUGGCACUGGUGGGACUGGUUCUGGGACCUUCGGGACUGGUGGGACUGGAACUGGGACCUUCAGCACUGGUUCUGGGACCUUCGGCACUGGUGGCACUGGUGGGACGGAAGCUGGGACCUUCGGGACUGGUGGCACUGGAACUGGGACUUUCGGGACUGGUUCGGUGAACUUCGGCACUGGUGGCACUGGUGGCACUGGAACUGGGACCUUUGGGACUGGUUCUGAGACCUUUGGCACUGGUGGGACUGGUGGUGGCACCUUGAGGACUUCAGGAACUGGUGGCACUGGUGGUGCUGGAACUGGGACCUUCGGCACUGGAACUGGGACCUUCGGCACUGGUGGCACUGGUGGAACUGGGACCUUCGGCACUGGUGGUGGCACCUUGAGGACUUCAGGAACUGGUGGCACUGGUGGCACUGGUGAUGACGCCUUUGGGACUGGAACUGGGAGCUUUGGGGCCUUUGGGAUCUUUGGCACUGGUGGCACUGGUGGCACUGGUGGCGCUGGUGAGGGUGGGGCUGCUCCCACUGGUCCCACUGGGGUUACUGGUUUUACUGGUGACCCCAGAGCUCUUGGAGGCCCAGGAGCCAAUCCCAGCACCCAAACUGGUUAUACUGGUUUUACUGGUGCUGCUGGAGGUCCCAGAGGUGAUUUCAUUGGUCAUACUGGCCAAACUGGUUUUACUGGUCAAGCUGGUGACCCCAGAGCUUUUGGUGGUCCAGGAGCCAACCCCAGUGGCCAAACUGGCCAUACUGGUUUCACUGGUCAAGCUGAUGACCCCAGAGUUUCUGCAGAUCUUGGGGCUGGUCCCACUGGCCAAACUGGUCCUACUGGUCAAGCUGGUGGUCCCGGAGGUCCUGGUGGUCCUGGAGCCAACCCCAGUGGCCAAACUGGUUUUAUUGGUCAAACUGGUAACCCCAGAGCUUUUGGUGGUCCUGGUGGUCCCCGAGCCAACCCCAGUAGCCAAACCGCUUUUACUGGUCAAACCGGUGACCCCAGAGCUUUUGGUGGUCCCGGAGCCAACCCCAGUGGCCAAACCACUUUUACUGGUCAAACCGGUGACCCCAGAGCUUUUGGUGGUCCCGGAGCCAACCCCAGUAGCCAAACCGCUUUUACUGGUCAAACCGGUGACCCCAGAGCUUUUGGUGGUCCCGGAGCCAACCCCAGUGGCCAAACCACUUUCACCGGCCAAACCUCUCAUCCCUCCCACCCCAAACUCGCCGGCCACCCCCAACCCCCCCCCAGUGACCACUCCGGCCACCCCCACCCCUCCCCCAGCCCGCAGCAGCCCCCGGGGCCCCCCAGGCUCCUGGAGGAGCGAGCCCAAGGCCUGGUCACCUACCUGACCAUCGCCGAGCCCGUGCCGGCCCUGGUGGUCCGAGGCGUCCGAGACCGCCUGGUGCUCACCUACCCCCACUCUGGCCACCCCCUGAAGUCCACUCGCUUUUACCUGCUGGUCCUGGGCGGGCCGGAGCCGUCCCAGGGGCUCCUUUUUUUCCGGCAGGACCAAGCCCACAUCGACCUUUUCGUGUUUUUUUCCGUCUUUUUUUCCUGUUUCUUCCUCUUUUUGGCCGUCUGCGUCCUCCUCUGGAAGGCCAAGCAGGGCCUGGACGCUCGCCACGAGCGGCGGCGGCACCGCCAGGAGAUGUCCAAGAUGGCCGCCAGGCCUUUCGCCAGGGUCACCGUGUGCUUCCAGCACUGCCCGCACCUUGGCUACCAAAACCGGGCCUUGGGCUACCAGAAUUUUGAGCUGGGCCAGCGGAAUUCUGGGCUCGGCUACCAAAAUCUGGCGGUUGGCUACCAGAAUUUGGGGUCCGGAGAGAGGAAUUUGGUGUCGGGCAACCAAAAUAGGGCGCUGGGCUACCAAGAUUUGGGGUCGGGCAACCAAAAUGUGGGGGGUGGCUACCAGACUUUGGGGGUUGGCUACCAGAAUUUGGGGGCUGCAGAGCAAAGUUUGGGGUCAGGCAACCAAAAUCGGGCCUUGGGCUACCAAGAUUUGGGGUCAGGAGAGCGGAAUUUGGGCUCGGGCAACCAAAAUCGGGCACUGGGCUACCAAGAUUUGGGGUCAGGCAACCAAAAUCUGGGGGUGGGCCACCCAAAUUUGAAGGUUGGCCACCAAGAUUCGGAGCAAGGCCACCAAACUCGCCACCCGGGCCACCAAAAUCCGGAGCUGGGCCACCAAAACUUCCACCUGAGUGGCCAAAACGGCAAAUUCGGGGCCCAAAAUUCCCCCCUGCAGGGGCGGGACCCCCAAAACUCCCCCGUGGACCCCCCAAACUCCCACCUGGGCCACCAAAACCCCCAACCCCCACCUCGGGACCCCCCCAAAUUCCCAUUUCGGCCCCCAAAAUCCCCUCUCGGACCCCCAAAAGUCGCGCCCGGCCCCCCAAAAUUCCCCUUUCGACCACCCCCCCGCGCCCCCAAAAUCCUCUCGGGACCCCCCAAACCCAGCUCGGGACCCCCCAAAUUUGGGGGGGGAGCCCCGAAAUUGGGGGUGGGGGCGGGGCCGGUGACGCUGGAGCCCACCGAGGACGGGGUGGCCGCGGUGGCCACGCUGCUGCUUCAGUUGCCCGGGGCUCCCGGGGGGCCCCCCCGAGCCGCGCUGGGCUCGGCGCUCGUCACCCUCCGGCUCCAGGAAUUGGGGGCGGGGGCGACCCCGGGGGGAGGGGCGGGGGUCCCGCUCCGCAAGGGGGGCGGGGCAGGGGGAGGGGCGCUGGAAUUGACCUCCAUGGGGCUGUGAAAAACCCA